UGGAAAAUAAUUCCCGUGUUGCAACUUUAGUUCCUACUUGCAACUAUUCUGAAGAAUAGCGAAUAGCGCCAUCUUUUGGAAAUUAUCACACCGCAUUUUCUUUAAUCUGCAAUUAAUUUUCAACAGAAACACGUUCGGUUGGUUUAAUUAAUAGUCAAACAUAUUGUAUACCAAAGGCUAACGUCAUACGGUGUUUUUUGUAACUAAAUGGCGAAGAGACUCAUUUGUCCUCCGGGCCAACGUCAAGAUGAAGGUUUAAAGUUUCGUACAACCUCUUUUGACCUUCUCGACGACGUUCUCGUCAACUUCAACAAAUCAAACAAAGAUUAUCUUAAUAGUUUACCGAAAUGUAGCGGAAUCUUCAAACAGAAAAGACUCGUUGAAUACGUGUUCCAGACUGUUAACAAACUGAGACUUGACCCUCUGGUUGGAUACCACGCAGUUGAACUUCUGCAAAAGUUCAUGGUCAAACACCUUUCUGAUGUAGCCACCACUCUCACGCCUGAAGAUGCCGCUGCUGAAGGACCAACAAGCUACGAGAAUGCAGUUUUUGACAAACUGAAAGAUAAAUUUCCCCUCAUCAUCUUUUCCUGUGUACAGCUUGCAAACAAAUUGUUUUUGCACAGCCAUAUGAUUGACAUCAAUAUUGCUGUAUGUUUCCUGCAAUCCACUGGCCUCAGUGUUCCCAAACAGAUGAUCCUGGAAUCAGAGCUGAUGGUCUUGAAAGGGCUUGAUUUCACUCUAAAUGUCCUCAACCCUCUGGCUUAUGUGGAGAUACUUCUGGAGGUGCUCUGCCACAAUCAGCCCUCCACCUCUGUAGAACGCCUUCAUCAACUCUGCCACCAGGUCCUCCAGUUCAUCACCCUGGACAGGGCUGCUGUCUAUAAAAACCUGUUACAAAUCACCACUCAGUGUGCCAGGCCAUCCAGGAAUCAGAGAGAGAAGUUUGUGGCCGUGACUGAGGACUUCAUGCUUCUUGGGGUCGGAGUCAUUGCGGUGGCAACUUUCAUCCUUCAUGUCAAAAAAUGGAGACAGCUAAUCGGUGAACUGAACCACAUCACAGGAAUCUCCAGGAGAAGCAUCAGUGACUUUGCUCUGGCUACAUUAGUGCAGAUUGUUGGCCCCAGUUCUUCUGCUGUUUAAACAUUUACUCUAUGAUCCUGCAUGUUUAUUAAAUCCUUCAAUAAUU